UUUAAAAAUAACAUGUGUCCCUGUCCUCUCUACACACAAAAAAUUAAGUGGUUCCUACCCACUUUACACACAUAACUCACGCAUUGGAUGGUUUUUUUUUUUUUCAAAUUCAGGAGUAGUUCGUAAACCCAAAACCCUUCUUCUGUUCCUCUGUUUGUUCCUCCAAACGUCGAAUGAUUUCCCAUUUUCCCUCUUCAAAUUAAUCUCACUUUCUAUUCAGAUCCGAGAAUUCCUUAAUAUCAUUUGUCUCGAUUUUGGUUGGAGGCUCAGGCGGCGGAAUUAAUGGCGUACAGGCAGAUAAUCACAGCUCGAGCGAAGUUCUUCUAUCAACAUCGACAACGAAUUUCUCCUUCAAUUUCUAAUAUUCAUAGCGACGAUGAUGAUUCUCACGAAUUGCGAGCGAAACCGAUCUCGAAUUAUCCCGAAAUCGGGAAGUAUAUCCACAACCGAUUUUUUGUGGGCAGAGAUAAUAAUUUCAGCAAUUACCGCCUUCCGACAAGCGCGCUUCAAGCUAGGAGAUUUGCUGUUCCGGCGGGAUUUGGAAUUUGCUACGGCCGGAAUUAUUCGAGUGCGAGCGUUGGAGAAGUGUCUGCUGAUAAAAUUGAUGUUCUGAAUGAUGUGGUUGUUGUGCUGGGGGAUAAGGCUGUGGAGGCUGCUCCAGCGAUGACUGAGGUGGCCAUUGCAGCCGCGGAUUCGUUUGCUACAGUGGCCGCCCUCCAGAAUUUGAUUGAAUAUAUACACAGCUUUACUGGUUUUAAUUGGUGGGCAUCAAUUGUUGUGACCACUCUUAUUAUUCGUUGGCUUCAAGUUCCUCUUCUCAUAUAUCAACUGAAGUGCUCUUCAAAAUAUGCUCUUUUACAAUUACAACCAGAGAUGAAGGCAAUUAGGGAAGAAAUGCAAAAUAAGGGCAUGAUGAAUUAUUUUAACCCCAUUGAUGUUGCUGAAGCUAAAAAGAAAAUAAACGCACUAUACAAGAAAUAUGGUGUAUCCCCCUUCACCCCUAUAAUGGGAGUCAUGGUACUUUUAAUUAGAGCUCCCAUUGCUUCCUCUUUAUUCUUUGCCGUUAUGAACAUGGCUGAAAAAGUUCCAUCUUUUAGGGAUGGUGGAAUAUUAUGGUUUACAGAUUUGAGUACUCCGGAUAGCUUAUAUAUAUUUCCAGUUUUGAUUGCACUGACGUUAUGGAUUGCAGUGGAGAUUGAUGCAGUAGAAGGUAGGGAAGGCGAACCUACUUCUGCUACCAUGAAAAAUGUCAUGAGGGGCAUUGCAGUAUUGUCAAUUCCUUUCACUGCAGUUUUCCCGAAGGCUAUAUUUUGUUAUUGGAUGACCUCCAGCCUGUUUUCGCUGGCGUAUGGUUUAGUGUUAAAGAGACUUGAAGUUAAGAAGUUGUUGGGUAUACCAGAUAUACCUGUCGCACCACCUUCAACUAACCAGAAACCUUUCUCAUUUUCCGAAAUUCCCGAACAUCUAGAGAAACUUGUUGCAACUAGCCGAGCCAUGGCCCAAAGACAGUUGGAGAGUCGGAGAAUAGCCUUUUCAGCUGCCCUUAGAAGGAUUGAGGAGUUGGAGAAAAAAGUAAAGGAAGAAAGGGAGGGAAGAAAAGGUGAUUCAUAGGUAAAUUAAGGUGAUAGUAAAACCUAGAUAAAAUAAUAUGGAUUGACUGAGAUUAUUAUUACUGUUUUAUUUAUGUGUUUGGUAGGUUAAAUAAUAUUCUUGUUUGGUAGACAAAAUAUAACUUUAGAUUAAAUUAGUAAAUUAUUAUUUUAACCUCAAA